UUCCACUUCUUCUGCUGUUGCUGGCCCAUAACUACCAUAGAUAGCUAUGUCCUCUUCCUCCAGCCUCUUCUACGUAGCCACUACAAUAAUCUUUACCAAAAGGUCCCGCAUAACAAACAUCUUUGGAAGUGUCCAUCCUCAAGAAGCAUACACACUUCCACGUUAUCCUUUUUCCAUUAUGGGCCUCUCGCCGCCCGUGUUUGUAGUCCUCAUCGUCUUCGCAACCGUCGUGCCCCCGCUCAUCGCCGGAGUUCUUCUAUCACGCUUCGUGUGCCGUGACUUCAGAGACGCAGCUGGUGCUGUUAAGCCCAGGCCCAAACGACGUUGUUUCGGCCUCCGACGCGUCAGGUCAGCCGACAGCACCACCGCCAAAAGCCUCGCCACUCGCGCCCAAAGCUACGCAGACUCGUGGCAAGACCUAGAAAGCCUACGAACGUACAGAGACACGCCGACGCCAUCGCUUCAGUACUGCACUUGUGAGCAGGCUCUACCCACAGGAGCCCCAACAUCUGCAACUAUACAAAUCCAGCAACCGCCGGAGACAUGGCAUCCAUCGAGAGCGAGCCGACUGACAUGGAGUUUUUCGCCCACGAGGCGGAACCGGAGCGACCUUCGGAAAUCCCACAGCCGCUUAGAGUUCUCAAGAGACUCGGGAGUGGCUAUGGAGGGCUCGAUAGAGGAGGAACGAGGAACCGGCGAAGGACGAGCGCUGAGACGGACGAGACCAGCCUUUCCUAGGAGUAUUUCACAAGCACAGCAACACCGCCGUCCCGAAAGAACCAGUACGCAUGCCAACCCCGAAUUGUCCUACGAUGGCGUUGAGGUGUCACCUUAUCACUCAUACCGUAGUUCCCCCCCCUCCUUUGGUCCGGCUACUGAACGAUGUGCGACUUACGAUCCGUUGACCCUCCUGCCUCGAAUUGCUGUCACUCCAGAGUUCAAAGUCGUUGAUGGCAGCACAACGUCCAUUUGGACAGCCAUCACGGUCUCGGGACAAGUGUGCCGACCUCAGAAGGAAGCACCUAGCCCCGGGAUAUAUGAUAGUGAUUAUGAAUUAGCAGCCGACAGAGACAGAUACCAGUAUGCUGAGGAUCCUUUCAAGUACGGGUGUAUACAUAGCAUGGGUAUUCAGAUCAUUCCUACAGGGAGUAACUACGUACUUGAUAUUAUCCAGGACAACCCGACACAGACGACUCUGGGUAAUGGUGAAAGAGUACUCCUGCUUGCGCAUGUCCAUUUAGAGCAGCCUCGCCUUGUACACCAAGCAGAUCACGUCCGAGAACGAUCGGAUGAUCUGAUUGAAGACCUGGAAUAUCAGCUGGGAGACUCUCGCCUAGAAUAUUUUCGGGUCGUCGUCAGAUACAGACACUCUGUAUUCCCCUCCCAGAGCGGGUCCCAUGCUAUUGAAGGCGUUGUCGAAAUGGAGACAAAGCUGGAGACCUCUGCCACAGCCGUAAUCAAAUAUCGCAACCACCGAUCGCCGUGGUCUCCACGUCCUACGCCAACCAUCAAUCCCGUACUGAGCAUCAUCCAUGACUGUUGGGAGCCAGAAAAAGCGCGAAACGCCAUGCGCCGCAUCAAUGCCCAAUUAUCGGUGCCGCAUAAUCUGGUCAAGUCCAGGUCCAGAAUGAAAUUGUCAAUGGAAGACAGGCCGGAGGCCAUGCGAGCGCGUCCGAUCGUGCCCAGAAGGGAGGCCAGUCUUGGAAAAUACGUGACAAUUCGACCACCAGAGCAUUUGCAUGGCGGGUGGUCCCAGCCCCGGAGGACUUCGGCAGCGGAUUGGCGGACGACCCGCGCGAUACAAGAGGAGCGGAGGCCGUCAACUGCAACGUGCCCCGAUGAGUUUACGGCCGGGACCGAGACUGGGAACGGACCACCCCCGAACCACUUGGGUAUGCUGAGAAGUCCGCGAUCGAUGGGCCCAGGGAUUCUGAGAGUUCAGGGGUUUUCGGCUUCUGGUACAAGUAAUGACGGUCUCGCAGUGGAGAGAAGGGGAUUGAAUGGAGGUUCACUCCGCGAGCAAGGGCAAAGGUCAUCUAAUCGCUGGAGUUGGAUGGGUUGGUUUUCAUGAGAGUUGACAGCCUGUACCUUGGUUCUUGGCGUCACGACCAGAGUUAGAGAGUUAGUCGUAGUCUUUGCGUUUUGUCCCCCCGAGCCGGUCACCAGUUUCCAAGGACCACGCUUCUGGGGUCAAUCGAGUUACAGCAAGAAUGAUGCGUUGUUUCAACUUUUUUUCUUCUUCUUCCUCUCUUCUUUGUAAACUCCUUGUUUUUAAGCAUGUCUACAGUUGUUUACCUUUUUUAGUUUUAGUUUUAUUUUUUCCGACGCUAGGCAGGCCC